AUGAUUGACCUAUUUAAAGGACAGUCUCUAAAAUCAAUUACAUCAAUCAACUUUGGAAAAGUAGUAGACCCUCGUUAUAAUGCUGGUGGUGAUGAGAACCCUUUCUUGGUUGGCAAUAUUAUUCAACCUACAUCAAGUCUUACAAAGAUUAUUCUCCCAUUUGCUUUUGAUUGGAAUAGUCUAAGCAUUGAUGUCAAACAAAACCUUCGAGUCAUUUCACUAAUGUUUAGAGAUCCAUACCAACCAAUCCCAUUCAACCCAAUCGAUUUUCCAAACCUUCGACAUGUUCAUACAAAGCCGAAUAGACAAGGUAUAUUUCCUGAUAUUCCAAGCUGCGUCAAUACGAUAACAUUUCUCGGUCCCGUAUCUUGGCGAGUGAUUGAUACAUUCUCCAAGGCAAAUAUCUCAACUCUUCGAGUAAGAUUAUAUGAUCUUGAAAAGAAUUUAUAUCUAAACAAGAUUACAUCUCUCAAAAAGUUGGUACUCUUUUCCUCCUCAACAACCAUUUGCCAAAACCAAUUCAAUUAUUUUAUCAAUGAUAUGGGAUUUGAUUAUUAUGGUUCAUCAUUAUCUAUUCAAUCAAACACAAAGAAAUUAAUUUAUAUUAAAAGAGAUAGUGAAACAAAUCAUUCAACAAUAACUAAUAAUAAUAAUAAUAAUAAUAAUAAUAAUAAUUACCAAAUAGAUCAACAACAAGUUGUUUCAACACCAACGUCAAUCAACAACAAUAAUAAUAUUAUUUUACCAAAUACAAUUAUCAACAAAAUAAUCAAAAUGACAUGGAAAUUAAGAGAACGUUGUACAUGUGUUUAUGAAAAAGAAACUAUUCAAAAAUGGAUUAAAAUUGGAUACGAUAUUCUAAAAGAUGAACAAGAACUAGAUCGAUUCAAUGAAAUGAAGAAUAAUUGUCCAACUCAUUUCUCACAUACUCAACCAUACAAACCAUUAACAUAUGAUUUGAAAAGUAGUAAUCGAUCUAAAUUACAAUUGGGACUUAUCAACAAAGAUAUAUUUAAUUAUAUUGCCAAGAAUUGUUUCUCAAUUGUUGAUCUAGAGUAUCAUCGGGAGAAUGCUACUCAACACAUAAAAAAUCAAUAUUGUGUUGCAUUCAAACACUUUACAACUAUAAUAGGUUCAAGUGAUCAACAUUUUCCACGGAUCCUCCUCAAUAUCAAAGACAAUCAUCCACAUAUUACCAAGGUGAUUCUCUACAACUUGGACUAUCUACAAGAUAUUAUCAAACUAUUACCAAACCUCAGUUCGAUUGACUUUUCAAAACCGCGAACCAAUUCCUAUGGUAACAUCGAUAUAACCAAUCUUCACAAACUUAAACACCUAACUAAAUUGGAUCUAACAAGUGCAUACUUUGGCGAUGAUUCCAGAUUAAUCGAUGAAAUCAAAGAUAUGCCACUCAAAAAACUAUGUCUCUCAAAUAACUUUCUCUACCGAAAGCUCCCACUUUGGUUGAAACAAUCAAUCACCAAGAUAUCUGCCAGUCCAUUUUGGGGAUACCUAGAUCAAUUCCCAAACAUCCAACAUAUUGUGAUUGAUAAUAGGUUCAGUAGAGACUCUUCGUGGUGCAAACUACCAAAUACUGUUACAAAAGUCACAUGCACUGAGGAGAUUGGGUUUCUUCCUCACAACAAAUCAGUGAGAAAAGUAAUACUCAAAACCCGAUGGCAAGAAAAUAUCACCGGUCCAUUUCUAUUUCUCAAAACACUUUCAUCACCACAGUGCUCACAUGUCCAAACCAUUAUCUAUUGUUGUCCCGACACUUUCCAAGUUCCCAAUGAUUUAUUCAAUGAUUUCAAGUAUCAAAUCGAUUACAGUAGAACUAGUUUGGAUGACAACAAACCUCAAUAUUUAAAAUUAUCAAGAAUCAAUCAAAAUCCGGUCUCAAACCAAGAUAGUUCUUCCACAGAUAUAUUUAAACGGUAUUGCAAGAUUAUGUAA